CCUUCCCUCCUCCCGUUGUAAGAGGCAAAGAGAGUCACACACUCGAGUGUUCAGUUGCGCAGUCAGUCAGUCAGUCAGUCAGCCACUCAGAUAGUCACACACAGGUACACAGGAUACCGAGGUUGGGUGAGACGCUGAGAGAGAUACAAAGAGGAUAAGAGGCAGAGAAACAGCAACUGGUUGCUCAUAGACUGUCAAGGUUUCAGGGAGGGUACGGACAGCCUGCCCUAUGUGUGGCUCCUCUCAAGGCUUCACAGCCUCCUCUCAGUGCACCACAGCCAUGUUAACCUCAGAGAGCUCACUGCACGGCACGGGGGUCGUCACUGCGACGAUGAUGGAGACACAGGAUGUGGACAUGACAUCGUGGAGAGAGGCAGACUUUGAGGAGAGGUGCACUUACAUUGUGAAGGACCAACCUCUGGAGCAAGAGUCUGAAAGCCACGGGAGGACACGAGCAGAGAGAUCCUUACCCAGGAACCUAUCCCUAAAGCGCCGCCACCACUCAACAGAGGUGCUCGGAGUGACGAGUAAGGAGCUGAUUCCUAAGGGGACGCGUUUUGGCCCUCUGGUGGGGGAGAGCUACACCAACGAAAUACUGAAGACAGACGCUGACAGGAAGUACUUCUGGAGGGUCUUCUUGGAGGGGCGCUUACACCACAUCCUGGACGGACUGAACGAGGAGAGGAGCAACUGGAUGCGCUACGUCAACCCGGCCUGCACCAUUGAGGAGCAGAACCUGGUGGCAUGCCAGAGUGGCCUGGGUAUCUACUUCUACACAAUCAAAGCGUUGCAGCCAGGCCAGGAGCUGCUGGUGUGGUACUGCCCCGAAUUCGCCCGGCGCUGUAACUACCCUCCCCUGGGCCAACUGGCUAUUGACAGUAUUGAACAGAGUCAAGCUCAGGAGAAAACGACGGGGAAAAGAGGACACAGCGUCUCAGAAAUCCUCCGAGACGAGCCCCCUAGAUCCCUGACUACCUGCCCCAGCCCUUUGUCUCGGACCAACCUCUCAGCGGUUUUGCCCCUGUGUCCUCGUGUUGUCUACCCAAUCCAGCCGGACUCUGAAUCUAUCCACAGAUAUGCGCCUCUGCCACCCAUGCCGUCCUGCAGCCCCCCAGCUGCCAAGAGGCCAGCUCUAAGUCGUCCUGUCCCCUCUAUUUUGCACUUCAGCUAUCAGCAUGGUCAAGCCCCUGUUAUAUCCAAACUUUACCAAGAGCCCACUGUGCCUGAUCGAGUUCAUCCUGCUCUGAAGCACGCUCCCUACUAUCUGCCUCACUACUCACUUGGCCUUAACAACAUUCUACCUCAUUCCUACCCUUUUUACAGUGAUCGACUGAAACCUCACGUAACACUCUCGUCUCAUUUACUGCCUUUUGACAGCUAUACACACCUCCUCCAUCCUCUAGCCAACGGACACAAAGACUUGACACUUGCACUAUCCAGUACCAAACAAGACCUCAUUCCUUCACCAACUGGUGAACACAAAGACAAGGACCUCACAUCCAGUCGGACAAACUACCUCAGGAUCACGUCAGGUCACCUCAGAGAUUUCAAACACUCUUCUCCCGGCAGUGUCCACGCAGACCUCGCUAUGCCUGCCACAUCCAGCGCCUCAUCCAUGGUCACCUCGCUCAGUGGGGCGUUGCCCUGUCUUGCGCCCGGAGGAUGCUCACCACCAGUGGGCAUGGCUGUCUCCUCGGACUGCCUCCCCUCCAAACCCACCUCCUGCUACUCAGAGCAACAUGAGGACGCAAUUGACCUCAGGAAGACCAAACGAGGAGGGCACAUCAUUGGCUACAAGACUCUGUCUUACCCGCUCACCAGGCAGAAUGGAAAAAUCCGGUAUGAAUGCAAUGUCUGCGGCAAAGUCUUUGGGCAGCUGUCCAACCUCAAGGUCCAUCUGCGAGUACACAGCGGAGAGCGUCCUUUCAGGUGUCAGACCUGCAACAAGAACUUCACCCAGCUGGCCCACCUGCAGAAACACUACCUGGUUCACACAGGAGAGAAACCACAUGAAUGCAAGGUGUGCCAUAAACGGUUCAGUAGCACUAGUAACUUGAAGACCCACCAGAGGCUACACUCAGGUGAGAGGCCAUACCAGUGCAAGCUCUGCCCAGCCCGCUUCACUCAGUUCGUCCACCUCAAGCUCCACAAACGCCUCCACACUGGGGAACGACCUCACCGGUGUCCCCGCUGCCCUUGCGCUUAUCUCCACUACUGCAGCCUCCGGGUGCACCUCCAAGGCUUCUGUCCUCUCUCCCCCUCUGCCUCCCGCAGACACACGCCGGAGGAGCUGCACCGAGUCAACUCCGAGAUCGAGAGGUUUGACAUGAGCGAGGCGGCGGAGCAGCUGGAGGCCAUGGCCGCAGAGGCCGGGAUGGACAAGGGGAGUGUUUUUGACCUAAUACAGAAGAUGGAGACUCACACCUCAGGCCAACAGGAUGGUGCUAGAGGGGAGGCUGAGCUGCGUGUCUGCAAAUCAGCAAAGGAUUGUUCUGGUGUUCAGCUACAUCAUGGCAGCCCUCUACCUCUGCAUCCAACCAGCAUCAAGCUGGAGUCAAGCUGCAUAUCAGAGCCCUAAGACAGCCUUGCUAAUCCAGCCAUAUAAUCCUUACAGGUCAACUCAGCAGCUGUCUGUUACUGCCCUAUUUGAAGUAAAGCCUUAUCUCAAUCAUGGAUUGCCUAGCCUAUACUCUACAGAGACUGUUGCAUGUGAAGAAUCAAGACUUUACCAGCAUGGCAUGCGACACAUGGACUUGGUUGAUUUAAUGUAUACAUCUUUCUUAAUUUAUUCUGUUGCUAAUAUGAAUCUAAAUAUAUAAAAACACAGAUUUGUGACUUUUUCUGUAAUUUGUUUUGUAUCUCUUCAUGGAACAACUAAAUAUGUGAUUAUGCAUAAACAAAA